AUGGGACUUCCUACUAGUCAGAAAGCAGCCGUCAAACAAGGAGAGGGCAAAGCAUCCACCGCACCGGUGCAGACCGUACCUGUCCAUGAGCCAGGCCCUGGUCAAAUCCUCGUCAAGAUCAACUGGACUGGUCUUUGUGGAAGUGACAAAUCGCUCGUUUACGAUGAAUGGGAGUCUCAAGGCAUAAAAAUGCUUCCUCAGACCCACGGCAUUGCUGGUCACGAGGGAGCAGGAGAGGUCGUCGCGGUUCAUGACGACGUCAAGGACCUGUGGAAUGUCGGAGACAGAGCAGGUGUCAAAUGGGUUGCCAGUGUCUGCAAGAAGUGUGAAUUCUGCACUAAUGGCACUGAUGAACUCCAAUGCCCCAAGCAGCUCAACUCUGGUUUCUCGAUCCAGGGUACUUUCGCAGAGUACUGUCUGACAGAUGCCCGAUAUGCUACAAGGUUGCCAGAAGGUGUCUCCGACGAGGAAGCAGGCCCUAUCCUGUGCGGAGGAGUGACGGCUUAUACUGCUUGCAAGCGAAGUGCUGUGAGACCUGGCCAAUGGAUCGUUCUGCCUGGCGCUGGUGGUGGACUAGGUCACCUUGCCGUACAAUAUGCAAAAGCUAUGGGCAUGAGAAUCAUCGCUGUUGACGGCGGAGACGAGAAGGGCAAGCUUUGCAAGCAACUUGGUGCAGAGCACUAUAUCGACUUUCUUGCCUGCAAAGACGUGGCUGCUGAGGUCAUGAAGCUUACAACUUAUGGCGCCCAUGGUGUUAUCGUCUUUGCCGCUACUCGAGAGGCAUACGGGUCGGCUCCCAACUUCCUUCGGCCGGGUGGCACCGUGGUAGCUGUCGGCUUGCCCAAAGACGAAACAAUUAUUGCAGGAGCAUCGCCCUUGACGCUUGUCCUGAAGAGACUCAACAUCGUUGGAUCUGUGACGGGCACUCUGAAGGAGGUGGAAGAAGCGCUUGAUUUCACGGCCCGAGGCUUGGUCCGACCCAUCCUCACAAAGGGAACUCUGGAGGAUGUUGACCGCUUCUUGCAGCUCUUGGAGCAAGGCAAGCUUCCAGGCCGAGCUGUUCUCAAGGUUGCUGCUUGA